UCAAGAGUUUGUCACUUUUGAUGAAGACCCCUAAUAUUUAUACUAAUGGUUCAAUGGUAAAACAAAGUUUUGGCAACGAAAGAAAGCAGAAUUCAUUGCCAACUACAUAUUUGCGUAUUUACCUCGGGCGGAACUUAUUGCCUUGGCGUGCGCUGAGUAUAAUAAGAAAUAAACAAAAUGGGGGAGCAGUCCGAAGGUAAAUGGAUUAUUUGUCGUAUUUGUUUGAAAACCUCCGAAAAAGAAAUGUCUCCUAUAUUUGGUACGGGCGCCAUUGAAACAAGCUUAUCAUAUCAAAUUGCAGAGUACGGCUUGAUUAAGCUGAGCGAAAGUAAUGCAUGUCCUAAUCGAAUAUGUGAGAAGUGCUUGUUAUUGCUUAAGGCGGCUCAGAAGUUCCGCCAACUUUGCCAACGCUCUGCAAAGCAGUGGAAGGAUUUGCUGCAAUUAAGUGAAUGUGGAACAGAAGCUAAAAAAGAUAAAACAGUCAUAGAAGAAAUAUUAAAUAAAACUAUUUGCGUAAAGCAAUUAAAUGAUGUACCAUCAAUGGAAAAAUCAUUGGUAUUGCAUGAAGAGCAACAAAAGGAAGAAGGCGACACUGUUGACAGUUAUGUUUUUGAGGUCAUUCAUGACGUGGAUGAGGAUUGCAAUGAAGGAGGUAAUCAUUUACUGGAAUCAAAUGAUGGAGAGUUUGGUGAACUUGACAACGAUCGUAUGGCGUUUUUAGAAGAUAACUCUGCAGCCAAUUCCGAUGAGCUUACUUACUAUUCAAACUCACAAUUUGAAGUAUUAAAGCAUGAGGAAACGCUCAGUUCAGAUGUACCUAUUAACAAAUUCUUUUAUGAUGAACCACAAGCAGAAAAUUUACAUGAAGAAAAAUCAAAAAGAAAUGACCAUGAAUUCGAAAUUAGCACGAAAACUGUAUCGGUUAAAUCACAAGUUACACGUGGUCGAAGAAAAAUAUCUAAUAUUAAGAAGCCUUCACAAAAGAAUAAAUCAAGGUACGGGGGUGAUUCUUCGAAUGAGUGGGCGAAGAAAGCACCAAGUAAUUAUAUAUGCAGCUUUUGUGGCAAUGUUUACACUGAGAAGGCAAAAUUGACAUUGCAUCUAAGGAUACACACCAAGGAGAAACCGCAUGAAUGCGAAAUUUGUCAUAAACGAUUUUCGCAGACUCCACAGCUUACACGUCAUAUGAAUUCGCAUACAGGAAAUCGACCUUUUAAAUGCAAGUUUUGUGAAGCCAGCUUCGCCGAUCCUUCUACGUGUAUUAAACAUCAACGCAUUCAUACACAGGAGCGUCCAUACGUUUGCGACACUUGUGGAAAAGCCUUUUCUUAUUCAAAUGUACUGAAGGUCCACGUUAUGUCACAUACGGGGGAGAAACCAUAUAAUUGUAAAUAUUGCGGUAAAAAAUUCACCCAAGCACACCACAGAAGCACCCAUGAGCGCAUUCAUACAACGUGAAAAAGAGGAGGUAUUUUACCAGGAUCCUUUUGUCAAUUUAAUUGUAUUACUUCAGAAAUUUUCCACAGGAAAUAUAACAAUUAUGUUGAUUACGAUUUUAAAGCAUAAACAGACGGCAGCGUUGAUCCGGAUCAGCGCUGCCGUCUGUUUAAGCUUUUAUUUUGGACACCUACCGCUUUGCCCGCUGCAAAUUCUUUUUUUUUUUUUUUGCAUUCAUAAGGAAUUUACAUGAUUUUCAAAAGCGAUUAGUUGAAUCAAAAGUUGAGCUAAAGCAGGCAGCCGGCGAACUUCAUUGAAAGCGAUAAGUUGAACAGCCGCUUACACCAGGCGAUUUUUGCUUUCAACUAAAAGUUACCUGAAAAAUCGCCUCAUGUAAAUUCC